AUGCUCAAGACCACUCAGUCCGGCUUUGAGGGCUUCAUACGCGAUCAGAACACGCUGCUGCCAGACACAAGGGAGCGCAUCCUCGCCACCACAGUGCAGGCCACGUGGAGCUACUCGCGCGACCCCCCGUGCUUCAACGCGGCCUACUCAGCGGCCAAGGCAGCCCUGACAGACACUUUCUUUGGGCCGCCCCAAGGGGGAGUCUACAGCCCUUCAGUGCAGCGCACACUCUUCCUCAUGGGCGAAGAGGUGCUGUCAAGAGUGCCAGAAGCAGACAGCGUGCAUCUGAAGCUGCCCAAUCUGCACUUCAUCCCCGUCAACCUGCCAGGCAUUGGUCUGAAGCGUGAGAACGCCAUGUAUUCACCCACCAGCGAGCCUCCUGACAGCAUCGAGGCUUGUUGUGAGGAUGACGUGUAUCUGCCCACCAGCGAGCCCCACGGCAGCAUUGAGCCGUGUGUCUCCCGCAAGACAGCAGCACUUACAGCAAGGCUUUAA